AUGCGCCUUCUUCACACAACAACACGUACUCUCUACACGUUCACAGAUAGAACCAUUCCAAGGUAUGCCAUACUGUCACACACAUGGCAAGAGAACGAGGUCACUUUUCAGGACAUGAAGUUGGAUGUAGCGGAGAAGAUGAUAGGCUACAGGAAAGUCGAAAUGGCAUGCUCAGUAUCUGCAGCCCGUGGGUUUCAGUAUGUGUGGCUCGACACCUGCUGUAUUGACAAAACUAGCAGCGCCGAGCUGUCCGAAGCUAUCAACUCAAUGUACCGAUGGUACGAAGGUGCGGGUGCAUGUUUUGCUUUCUUGGUCGAUGUAGACUGCGAUGCUUCGGUCACAGUAUCUCACUUGCGCGAGAGCAGUUGGUUCAAGAGAGGAUGGACCCUCCAAGAACUGAUCGCCCCUGCCCACAUCAUAUUUGAUAAUGCGAAAUGGGAACCCAUAGGGACCAAGGCUGGCCUGAAGCAGGAAAUCUCUAGUAUUACAGGAGUCCCUAUUCAUAUCCUAUCAGGCGAUAGCAUUGACACUGUUAGCACAGCUCAAAUAAUGUCAUGGGCAUCUAUGAGGGAUACAACAAGGAUUGAGGAUAUUGCUUACUGUCUCAUGGGAUUGUUCGACGUCAAUAUGCCGCUACUAUAUGGGGAAGGUGAAAAGGCCUUCAUCAGGCUGCAGGAAGAAAUCAUGAAGCAAUCUGAUGAUUACAGCCUCUUUGCUUGGAGGUCUCAUUCCGACCCAGAUCAGCCAAGUGUAAACUCGGGCAGACUACUAGCUCCAUCACCUGCUGCUUUCGCUGAUUCUGGAAAUGUCAUCCAGCUCAGCCAGUUUAGUUAUCUGAACACCAUCUACACCCCGCUUACUAUCAGCAACAAAGGGAUACAUCUGACACUCCCUGUUGUACAAGCAGACGGGAAUAAUUGGUUUGCUCUCCUUAACUGUACAGAGGAAGGGAGAGGUGGGCAUUGCCUUGCACUGAAGGUAGAAGCUCUAACACUAUCAGGAGAAUACUUCACGGUUCACAGUGAUAGAUUACUGAUGAUGGAAAUCAGUAACUUGAAAGGAAGCGUGAGGAAUAUAUGUGUCAGACGAGAGCGAUAUAGGAAGAAUACUACAGCCACACUCAAAAGGCAGCGAGAAGUCGUUGAUGCAAAGAACAAUAAGAAAGGAAAUGAUGGAGUGACAGGAUCGAAGAAAGCUCGGAAUCUUGAUGGCGACUAUGAUGGCUCUCCACGGUUCUUCGCCUGCCCGUACUACAAACAUAGCCCAGCUACAUGGAAGAAUGAACUACCGUGUUCUGGAUGGUGGAUUAGUGUUCAUCGUUUGAAGGAACACCUGUUUCGUUGGCAUGCGCUACCUAAGUACGAAUGUGACAGGUGUCAUGAGCAUUUUGAGGACAUGGAUACACUUCAGUCUCACAAACAUGCUGCUGAGCCCUGCCAACCCAAGGCCGCUCCUGUUCGCGAGGGAUUCGACCAGGCCCAGGAUAGAGACCUUAAAUCACAGGGAACAGAUGGCACUGACGAGGAAAUAUGGCAAAAGAUGUACCAAAUUCUUUUUCCGCGUGAAGCUGUGCCAUCACCAUAUUAUGACAAGAUCCAACGCAACGAAGAGUUGCAGCAGCGUGGCAUGGAAGAGUCCGGCCACUAUCUCCGAGAGAUAUCCCCUAUAAUGAAAAGAGUCCAACAUAUAUUAUCCGAUACGCAAGGGAAGAUCAAGUUUCAGCAGCGUGGCAUGGAAGUACCCGGCCACCAUUGCCGAGAGGCACCCGCUAUAAUGAGAAAAGUCCAACAUAUAUUAUCCGAUACGCAAGGGAAGAUCAAGUUCCAGCAGAACCUUAUGGAAGAGCUCAACCAGCACCUUCAGGAAGAGGUACCCCCUAUAAUGAAGCAAGUCUAG